AUGGGUAAAGCUGUUACUUCCAAGAACAGGAAACAGAGACAUGAUCCAUUACUGAAAGAUCUUGAUUCUGCUCAAGGUACUUUGAGGAAAAUUCAAGUGAAAAAGGCUAAUGGUAAGAAUGAUGACGAUGAUAACGAGGAUAAUGGUGAGGAUUUUGUAGAUUCUAGAGCCUCUAGAAAGAUUUUGCAAUUGGCUAGAGAACAACAAGAUGAAAUUGCAGAGGAAGAAGGUUUAGAAAUUGAAAAUGCAAAACAAUCCACUGCUAGAUUCAAGCAGAUUGAUUACCAAGAUGAUGACGAUGAUAAUGAUGAUGAUGAGGAAUAUGAUGAAAAUAUCUCUGAUUUUGAUCCAGAAGGUGAGUAUCUAGAAGAGGAAGAAGAAUUGGUGGAAAUUGAUGAAGACGAUGCAGCUAUGUUCGAACAAUAUUUUAAAAAAUCUUCUGACUAUAACUCUGUCUCAGGUAGUUAUAACUUGGCUGAUAAGAUCAUGGCCUCCAUCAGAGAAAAAGAAUCACAAAUGCAAUUCUCCGAAAAUAAUAGUCAGGAUCCAACUUUUUCUGCUUCAGGUUUAAGAACUGGUGAAGGUGUAGCUUUACCUGAAAAAGUUAUAAGAGCUUACACUACUAUCGGUACUAUUUUGAAAACUUGGACUCAUGGUAAAUUACCAAAAUUAUUUAAAGUCAUUCCAUCUUUGAAAAAUUGGCAAGAUGUCUUAUAUGUAACCAAUCCAGAAGAAUGGUCUCCACAUGUUGUCUAUGAAGCUACAAAAUUAUUUGUCUCUAAUAUGCAAGCAAAAGAAGCUCAAAAAUUUAUUAAUCUAGUCUUAUUGGAACGUUUCCGUGCAAAUAUUGAAGAUACUGAGGACCAUACUUUGAAUUAUCAUAUCUACCGUGCUUUAAAGAAAUCUUUAUAUAAACCAAGUGCAUUCUUUAAAGGUUUCUUAUUUCCUUUGGUUGAAAUGGGCUGUAACAUUAGAGAAGCUACCAUCGCAGGUAGUGUCUUGGCUAAAAUAUCGGUGCCAGUUCUACAUUCAUCAGCUGCUUUGAGUUAUUUGCUAAGAUUACCAUUCUCACCAGCUACAACUGUGUUUAUUAGAAUCUUACUAGAUAAGAAAUAUGCCUUGCCAUAUCAAACUGUUGAUGAAUGUGUUUAUUAUUUCAUGAGAUUUAGAAUUCUGGACGAUGGCAGUAACGGUGACGACGCUACAAGAGUUUUACCUGUUGUAUGGCAUAAAGCUUUCUUGACAUUUGCACAACGUUAUAAGAAUGAUAUCACUGAAGAUCAAAGAGAUUUCUUAUUAGAGACAAUUCGUCAAAGAGGUCAUAAAGAUAUAGGACCUGAAAUCAGAAGAGAAUUAUUGGCAGGUGAAAGUAGAGAAUUUGUUGAUGAAAACUCUAACAAUGACGGCUUGAUGAUAGAUGUCAAUUAG